GUGUAUAAUGUGCGACGGCGAGCUCCCUGCCUCGGUGUCAGGAUGGGGACUCAGGUCAAAGACGUGGUGAUUAAACCCGACGCUCCGAACACACUCCUCCUGGAGAAGCACGCAGACUACAUUGCUGCCUACGGCUCCAAAAAAGACGAUUAUGAAUACACCCUGUCGGAGUACCUGAGGAUGAGUGGGAUUUAUUGGGGUCUCACUGUGAUGGAUCUGAUGUCUCAGCUGCAGCGAAUGAACCGAGACGAGAUCAUCGACUUCAUUAAAGCGAGUCAGCACGAGUGUGGAGGCAUCAGCGCCAGUGUGGGGCACGACCCGCACCUCCUGUACACACUCAGUGCUGUACAGAUCCUGACCCUGUACGACAGUGUUAAAGCCAUCGAUGUGGAUAAGGUGGUGGAGUACGUUCGGGGACUGCAGCAGGAGGACGGAUCAUUCGCAGGAGACAAGUGGGGUGAGAUCGAUACGAGGUUCUCCUUCUGUGCCGUGGCCACGCUCGCGCUGCUGGGCAGGUUGGAUGCGGUGGAUGUGGAUAAAGCGGUGCAGUUUGUUUUGUCCUGCAUGAACUUUGAUGGAGGUUUCGGCUGCAGACCCGGCUCUGAGUCUCACGCUGGACAGAUUUACUGCUGUACAGGUUUCCUCUCCAUCACUGGACAGCUCCAGCAGGUGAACGCUGAUCUGUUGGGGUGGUGGCUGUGUGAGAGACAGCUCCCGUCUGGAGGCCUCAACGGCCGACCCGAGAAGCUGCCGGAUGUGUGCUACUCGUGGUGGGUUCUCGCUGCGCUGAAGAUCAUCGGCAGGAUUCACUGGAUCGAUAAAGCCAAGCUGAGGACGUUUAUCUUGGCGUGUCAGGACGAGGAGACGGGAGGAUUCGCUGACCGACCCGGAGACAUGGUGGACCCGUUCCACACUCUGUUCGGUGUAGCCGGUCUCUCUUUACUGGGUGAUGAACAGAUUAAAGCGGUGAAUCCGGUCUUCUGCAUGCCUGAGGAGGUUCUGCAGCGGAUCGGCCUCCACACUGACCUGCUCACCUAAAGCACAUGUUUUACUCACACGUGCACGCACUGUACAGUGUUGUAGAUCUUAAUCCUGCGUUAAUAUGCAUCUGGUGUGUAUGUUUGUGUAACUGUGUGUACGUUGGUGUGGUUUAGAAUCCUGUUCAGGGGUAAUGACGGAAACAUGACGCUGUUUUUCUGAGGCCUGGAUCCAGAACACUGUGUUAUAUACAGCUUUUAUAUAUUUAUUUAUACAGCAGGGUGAGGAGUGAGGAGUGAGGAGUGUUCGGGGAAAUGUGAGAUUAUGCACAAAGUACUGCUUUUUUUCCUCCCAAAAGGAUGAAGCUUGUCUGUUAUACUGAACUAAAAUAUGAUGAAUGAAUCACUAAAAUAAUAAAUGGAUUAAAGCUCA